AUGCUGCACAGAACAGCACUUAAAACCCGGAACCGAAAUGUACUACUGACUCUACUGAAGCUACACGAUCACUUGGGUGUCAUGAAAGAGCUAAUCACCAAGGCUUUUGGUGCUUUCUGCAUGAUUACAUCCGUAAUCGUGUUUGUUCAAGGUGCAAUCAUAGCCUACUGCUCCCUUUGGAUGUGGCAACAGAAAUUAUCCACAGGAUUAAUUCUGAUGGCCUCUAUUAACUUACCUUUUAAUGCUAUAUUUUUCUUUGGAUGGACAUACUCGUUUGAUUGGCUUGAAUAUGAGGAAUUUCUCGAUAUCAUCGAUCUGAAGCUACUUACGGAAUCUCCCAAAAUAACCGCAUGUGGAUUAUUUUCGAUUAAUUUGACAGUGUUUUGUAAUGUGUUCACGGCCAUCGUUACUUACAUUAUGAUAUUGUUUCAAUUCAAAGAUCUUGAAAAAUGA